UUUACUUAAGGCAGUUAUUUUUUUAUACAAACGGGGAGUUUAUUGGCUUUAACAUGACAUUUUUGUGCUAGCUAUUAUAUUCAUUCUGGCAUUAUAUAAAUGUUGUUUUGUUUUCAAUAUGUGAAAUUAUUCAUCCACUCAACAAAGGAACACUUUAUGCGUAAACAGAUAAUGUGUCGUUUAGAAUGACGAUAGAGAUAUCAUGAUGGCGCACGAGAUACAAUUAAAGAACAACAAAUACCGACAAUGGGUCAAGGCGGGCCUAGGCUUAGGUUAUCUAAAAGAAGGACUAGCACCAUUUUGUGAUGACAUAGGAAAACAGCAGCACAAAGAUAUUAUCAACCAAAUUAUAGGAACAAAGACUCCUAAACCAAAUGUACCAUGUGGCAUCUGUCAGAUAACAACUCUCCAGCCAGACCAUGUCCGAGUCUCAAAAGGAGUGUGUCCAUACAAGCAAGAUAAAUGUAACUGUUGCUUUCCAAAUAAUAAGAAACCCUGCCCAAACAACGUAUGUGGCGCAAUCUAUGAUAGCAUUGUACAGAAUCAUGCAUCAAUACCACCGGCACCUUUUUGGAGAAACAGCGAUGCCCGUGAUUGGACAAAUGAUCCUUGGAGCAUAUGUAAAUGUUUUAUAAAUGCUCCUGGGUACAAGGACAAGACAUCAGCAGUCGACGUUGACUGCUCGGGGUUACUACAUGUUAUCAUAAAUAACAAAUAUUUUCAUAAUCAUAUUGGAUGCAAUGUAACAGGACCAAACAAUCUUUUCGCAAAGGUACGACAGUAUAGAAAUUGCGUUUUUCACUCAAGUAGUAUGGAAUUAGAGGAAAUGGAAGCAAAUUCCUAUAUUGAUGAUAUGCUAUCAGUUCUUCAAGAUGGAAAGGAACUUAUACACCAUCAGGCUGCUCAACGAGCUGUCAGGAAACUACAAGAUCUGAAAAAGAAGGAUUUCAUAAUUACUACUGACGGCUUUGAAGAAGUUCUGAUGCAAAUCAAAGACGAAAUGACAAAAGUUUUGAAAUCAACAGAAAAUUCUGCAACUAAAGAGGAAUAUGACGAGCUUAGAAAAAAAUUAUCUGACCUUGAGUUACAGAUGACCCAAGAAAAAGAGGAGAAACAAAGACUCAAGGAAAAAGAUUCUUCUAAACAAAGAGAACUAGAAUAUGAAAAAGCUAAAUCAGAUGAAACAAGGCAGAAGAAGGGAAACAUUUUUCAGAGGUUUUUUGAUUGGACACGUUAUCACUGGAUGAAAACAAGUAAGAUUUUACUUAAAUACGCUAGGCAUGUAGCUUUCCAUAAUUGUCAUACAUUCAAACCUUUGUAAGAAACAAGCGCCGAU